AUGCCCAGCUAAUUUUUGGAUUUUUAGUAGAGACAGGGUUUUGCCAUGUUGGCCAGGAUGGUCUCGAACUCUUGACCUCAGGUGAUCUGCCCGCCCCGGCCUCCCAAAGUGCUGGGAUGACAGGCGUGAACCACCGUGCCCGGCCCCCUGUCCUUAAGGAGCUUACAUUCUGGUGCGGGUGACACCGUGAAAUCAGCGUACGGCACAUCAGCUGGUAAUAAACGUCACGGAGGUGAGAACAGCUGUGUCCUCGGGUGACGUCACCUCCUCGGCUCUGCACCCCGCCGUCCACAGGCGUGAAGCUGGAGCUGGGGCUGGCGACCGAGAACCUUCCUGCCUCCCCUCCCCAGCAAGGGGCACGUCCCACCAGGCCCGGACUGCCUGUCUGCCCCUGCAGGGCCCCCGGCUCUGGUGGUGGGCUCGGUGAGCUCUGCUGCCCGGUCUCGGGAGUCUGGGGGAACGCGGCGUCGACCCCUGUGGAGGGAGGACUCGUGUUUCAAGGGCAGAGCCUCAUUACCAUGCACGACCAGCCGCAGCUGAGGCCGCAGAGGCCUUUGGCAGGGGGGCCGGGCCGGCGGCAGGGACGGCCUUGGCGGUGGUGGACGGGAGUGGGGGUCUGUCCUGAACAGGUGGGGGUGGUCCGUGUGCUGGCCCCCACCAUGCGAUUGCACCCCAGGACUCUCGUCCUCCUUCUAAGCCCCAGCAUGUGCCUGGCGCUGCGCGGGUGCUGGAGGCACAGCGGCUUCCACGCAGACGCCCGCAGCACCACAGCCUGUGCGCGGCGCAUCCACGCCCUGUUACAAAUGUUCCAUUCAACGCCUUCUAGCACAUUCACAGAUCGUCCGCCGGCACCUUUAGUUCCAGAACAUUCCAUCACCCCCAAAAGGAAGCCCCAUCCCCUUCAGCAGUCACUCCCAGCCCCUCCCCAGCCCGGACCCCCACGCAUCUGCUUCCUGUCUCUGCGAAUUGGCUGUCUGGACAUCUUGCAUCAAUGCAAUCGGACCGGCUGUGGCCCCCAGGGACUGGCGUCUUUCCCCCAGCGUCAAGUUGGGGGCACAAACAGGUCGCCCUGCCUCACCCAGACCUGGAAAGUCUUGACUCUCAGCUGCACCUCCAUCUCCAGAGAGCAGGGCACUAUUAUCUCCCUCUCCAACCCGUCACCCACACGCAGAGCUGUGGCCAACGACGGAGCAUGGGGUGGCUGAACUGAACACCAGGUGCUGACUCACGGGUCCUCACCUGAAUCGGCCACUGACCGCCUUGGGCAGAGACAUUGAAGUCUCUGAGCCUCAGUUUCCUCUUCUGCAAAAGGGAACUGCAGGGUUCCCAGUCACCUCCCUGGGCUGAGCGAGUGAGAAGUCGGGCAAGGAGGUUCCUUCCGGGGAAGUCUCCACUGGGUGCCGGCUGGGGUCGGGAUCCCAGAGUCCUAAGCCCUGGUCUGCUCCUGGCCAUGUGUUCACCUCAUUCAUUCAUUCAACAAGCAUUCAUUCAUUCAUUCAACAAGCAUUCAUUCAACAAACAUUCAUUCAUUUAACAAGCAUUCAUUCAUUCAAUCAUUCAUUCAUUCAACAAGCACUUAAAAACAAUGCCUGUGUGCCAGGCACUGGUUUUAAGAGAAACAGCAGUGAACAAAACAGACAAAUCCCUGCAUUCUGUCUAUGGGCAAGAAACAGAAUAAACAAGUAAAGCCGACUGUCACGCGGUGGGCCACGGUAUAGGAAAAAACAAACAGGGAAGGGGGGCCUGGGGUUGGCAGAAUGGGGUUGGCAGAAUGAAGGCCUCCCCACAGCCAGCCCGUUCUAAUCCCCGGAACUGCAGAUAAAGCCACCUUACAUGGAAAAAGGGCCUCUGCAGAUAGGAUUAAGUAAGAAUUGUGAGAUCAGGAGAUCAUCCUGGAUCAUCUGGAGGCCCAACAUGCUCACAGGGUCCUCACGAGAGGAGGCGGGAGGGUGAAAGUCAGAGACUGGAAGAGGCUGUGCUGAGGCUAUGGAGAGGGUGGGGCCCUGAGCCAAGGGAUGUGGGUGCCUCUGGGCAAUGGGAUAUGUGGGAACCGGAUUUUCGCCUGGAACGCUCAGGAGGGCCCAGCCUUGGCCAUGUCCUGUUUUUUUUUUUUUUUUUUUUUUUGAGACAGAGUCUCGCUCUGUCACCCAGGCUGGUGCGAUCUUGGCUCACUGCAACCUCUGCCUCCCAGGUUCAAGUGAUUCUCCUGUCUUAGCCUCCCGAGUAGCUGGAACUACAGGCAUGAGCCACCACGCCCGGCUAAUUUUUUGUAUUUUUAGUAGAGAUGGGGUUUCACCAUGUUAGCCAGGAUGGUCUCGAUCUCCUGACCUCCGGUAAUCCGCCUGCCUUGGCCUCCCAAAGUGCUGGGAUUAUAGGCGUGAGCCACCACACCCAGCCUCAUGCCCUGGUUUUACGCCAGUGAGGCCCAUUUUGGACUCUGGCCUCCAGAACGGUGCGAUAAUAAAUGUGUGUGGUUCCCAGCCACUGCUGUCACAGCAGCCAGAACUCAUCGGGGUCAUUGCAGUCUUGAAGAGGGAGGUCGCUCGAGGCCUCCCAGAUCUGUGCACCUGCCUUCUGGGGCAUGGAAGGCAGGGGACAUUGACCUCUCCUUGGGGUCUGAGAUAUGCAUCAAACACAGUGCAGGCACCGGCCUUGAGGACCCCCUCCCCAAAACUGUCCCCCACGGCAGGACCCGGGCAAUGGAGGCCUCUCUUCCCUGUACCCCCAGCUGUCCUUAGAUAUGGAUCCUGGACUAAUGGUCCUGGAAGCUCUUAGCUCAAGGAGAAGGCAGAGUGUGGCUGUGAGUGGCCGGGGUCUCUCCCUAGAACAGAGGUGGCCCUACCCACUUGAUGCCUGGUAGUGUGGACAGCUCCCUCCCUCAGCUCCUGGCCAAGCCCUCGGCCCUUCCAAUCCGCCUCCUCUAUUCUGAGUAGGGCUCUUUCCCUCGGCCCUCUCGCAAGGUUACCUCGAACCCAUCCUCCCUCUCGUCCCCGCCCAGGGCAAGAGAUGCUGACAUCUCCCUUAGGAAAGGCCCUCUUGGAGGCCGGCCAAACCCAGAGGGGGCAGGGGUGAGAUGUGUGG